AACAAAAGUAAAUAAAAUCUGUAAAGGCAAAAGUUUUUAACCCUUUUCAGCUAAGUACUUAUUAGUGUUUGUUAGCAAUAUUAUGUUUUAUGUACAAUUGCAUUUGUAAAUAAACACAUUAAAUCACAUAUAAAAGUUUCAUAUGAUUUCAGUGUUAAAUAAGUAUUUUUGGUUUAAUUUUCUUAUUAGAAUUUCAUUUGUAUUUUGACGUUUUCAUAGUCUGCAUGUUUUAAAAGUAUGCAAAACGAAAAAAAAUAUCGUUAAUAUAUUAUGUUCGCAACAAUAGACAAAUAGUGAAUGCCCUUAAAUUGACUAAUGGCAGAUAUGUGAAAAUAGUUAUUAAUUCACCACUUGGUUCUAGCAAAAGAAUUGUAAUAGAAGAAAUUAUGGGAAAUCGAUAUGCAACACUGCGUUUUGAGGACAUUGCAUACAAAAAAGCCGAAAAUAUACAUAUUCAUUUUUUCAGGCGUCUUUUCAGUGUAAUAGGAAGAAAAUUUUUAUAAAAAUACAAUUUUCUACUUGUGUCGAGCAAGAUUAAACGAUAAAUAUACUUUAGUUUUAUUGUAUCUUAAUUAGAGAAGAUAUUCAACAAUAUUUGCAUGAUUCUUUGUGCUAUUACAUAUAACCCAAUAUCUUGAGAAUUUCAACUUUCCUAAUUUUGUUAACGAGUUUUGCUAUAGUUUAAAACGCGUAAGAGUUUAAAACCAGUGAAUUGGAAAUUGUGCUAUUUUGUGAAAAUAUGAAUAUAAUUGCGGGAGAACCAGUACCGCCCGGUUUUGAGGAUGAAAUAAAUCGUGACCCCCAAAUCCAAAAGGCAAUUGAUCAAUACAAAGGCAAUGCUCUUGUUGGUCUUGAGUAUACACUUGAAUUGCACGAAGAUGACCGCCGUGAACCUGGUUACUUUUGUGUGCUUUGUGAUAAGCGUGGUGAUCCACGCACCAUAAUGCAACAUUGGACAUCUUACAAUCAUCGUCUAAAGUAUCUAGAGAAACAUUUUCCAACGGCGGUACGUGAAUUCAAUCCUGUCAAAUACAAACCGAAUUCGCAUCAGAUUCUUUUAAGCGUUGUGCAAAAAUUAUCUAAAGCUGUAGAAGAUCACCAUGGUCGUUUAAAGUUAAUGGUUGCCAAUAGCGAUGACUUUCGUCGUAUGAAAGCCAAAUUUGUUGGAGAAAUUAAUAAUAAAUUUCAUUUUGACGAACGAAAUGGUCCAAACUUUCUUGACGUGAUCGAUCGGUCUCUUUGGGAACCCAAUUCGAGCUCAACUACGAACAAAACAGAGCAAACAUUACAAAUAACUAUUAAAGCUCCGAAACGUAUAAAUGAAGACUUUCCAGUAAAAUCAAACCGCGACGACUUGGAUGAAAUUUCAAGUGACUCCGAUGGACCAUCAAAUUCGAAAAAAUUGAAAAAACGGGAACAAUCACCUGCUUAUAGAGUGUUGCCGCGGGUCCGACGCUCGCCGCCUUUCGAAGAAGAACGAAGCGAAGAUCGUAAGGAAGCUGAAAAGAAGCUCCCAACACCAAAAGAACUAUCGCUGCAGGCUUCGCAUAUUGCACAAGAAAAGUAUAAGUGGGAAAAAUAUAAGUGUAUGCUCGAAAUACAACUUAAACAAAUGGAAAAAAUUCAACAAGAUUAUGACAAGAACCCAGAAAAGCAUCCUUUAUAUCCUGAUGAAUGGAAGAAAUUUUGGAACCGACGUUAUAAGGAGUUACAGAUGGAGAAGAAAACAGACCCGAAUAAAUACGAUUACAAACCUGAGUGGAUUGCUUUUUGGACUGAACGCAUGAAGGAUUUGUUCAACUCAGAAGUAGAAAAAAAGAAGAAAGAAAUUAAAGUUAAACUUGGUCUGCCAGAGAAUGCAGAGGAGAUGGUCGACCAGCUGAAGGAAAAAUACAAAGUACAUAUUGGUCGAAAUGCAGUAGGUAUAACAUCUGGAGGUCAUGUUUUAGGACCAAAGCUUUCUGAUCGUGGCCUUGACAUUGCCUCAAAACGUUCCAAAAAUUCAGGCGAUAUUAUUAAUAUAAGUGACGAUGAGUCACCGGUUCGCGGUAGAAAUCUCCGAACACGAACACAUUCUCGAUCGCAUUCUCGUUCGCGUCGUUCACGAUCCAAGUCGCCACGUAUCUCACGUGGUCGUGAUUAUAAGCGGUCACGUGAUCGUUCCUCAUCAUUAUCAAAAAGUCCACUUUCGGAUGAGUAUAAUGCAUAUCCCAUGCAUUCCCACCGUCAUCGCCAUCCAACACGAAAUUUUCCACCAUCCGUUGUUGAAAGUGAGUAUUUCAGUUCAUCAUAUCCACCACGCGGAAGAUUUUCAGCUGUAUCAACUUCUGCACAUUUUGGUGGAUCAUCACAUUAUCGAAUUCUCGAACCUCACCAAUAUCCAAAAUAUGAACGUUCACCAUCACCGAAUUCUAAAUCUGCAACAGCUAGAGAAGAAGCAGAGCCUGAAGACAAUGGACCACUCACGGUUGUAGCUGUACUGCGUUUGCUUACAGCACUUGAGGACCAUCUGGGCAGUCUUGGACCAAAAGUAGUUGAUUUGUUAGGCAAGGCUUUGGCAUUAGAGAAGGUGAAGGCCAAUUCUGCAGACGAUUUAUUGUUUAAUGAGGACCACGUUGUAUUUUUUGAAACUAUCAAAGAAAAAUUGAAAGGUAUAAUAAUCGCGGACGUCCUAGACGAUCAACAAAAAAUCAGAGCUGUAAAAAAAGCUAUACAAAAUAUUGCUACUGUAAUUCAUCAGGUUUCAACAAGAGGUAACUCAUCAAAUAAUAUUAACACUGAAGUUCCAAAAACUAACGAUAAAGGCGAAUCAGCCAUUAAAGUCAAGAAAUCAGACAGUUUUAGUAUUAAAGAUUUACCAUUCGACCGCCAAGUUAUUUCCACUAAAUUGGCUGCCGCUUUAGUCUUUCAAGGACGCGAGGAUGUAUCCACCGAGGAUAUGGAUAAGUUGAUUUUCAUAUUCCUUUUAUUCGUAAAAUUAUCGAAAGAAAAACGAGAAUUGGAUGGUAAAGCUUUACAACUUGCAGCUUUGCUAGCUCAAUUAGGUAUAUAUGUUCCAUCGUCGUCAUCUACCACCUCUGCUGCAUUGGCUGCUUUCCCGACUAUUGUUGAAGACUUGAUGGAAAAUGAAAUAGGUACCGGGAAUGUUCGUGGCCACGUCAAUGAGAAUGAAGCUUCAAAUGAGACAGUUGAUAAAGAUGCAAAGAAUGAUGGUGCCAACAACAUGUUGGAAUCAUUAACGGACUCUGACCUACAAACACUAUUGCAAAACUUUAAGCACUUGUCGAGUGAGGAGCAACAUCAUUUGAUAGCACAUCUAAAGAAAUUGGAAACAGCUGACCCAUUACGUGUUGAGAAACUGAGAAAAUUUGUUAACCUGGCUGACCUAACUGAAGCUGCUUAUUCAUCACCCUCAGCUAGUACAAGUAAGUCCAAUCUCCGAGAAAGAUCCCGCACUCGUGAUAGUCGUUUUGAUGAGUCUCCAGUUACAAGUACUAACAAAGGACGUGGUCGUAUUUCCGAUGAUGACGAUGAUGAUCGACGUCGUGGUGCUAGUGUUUCGAAUCCAAAUAGAUUUAGUCUUGAUGAUGAAGACGAAGAUGAUGAUUAUAAUGUAGAUGAUGUGUUUAAGGCGGCAUUCCGAAAAGUAAGUGAUAAUUCACGUCAAUCUAAAGGAGAAUCUAUGUUAAGCCUUGAAAAAAAGAAGCCGGCUCCUGUACAAGCUCCAGCGCCUAUUAUUCCGGUAUCGUCAUCACCGAAUGCAUUGACUUUUAAUCGUGCUGGUCUUAAUAUAUCACUGAGCGAUACACAAAAUUUAAUUGCCAAUUUAAUGGGCUCAUUGCAACAAAGUAAUUCAAAUCAGAAAACUAAUACUAAAUCGACACACACAAAUGAUGGGAAAGGACAACAGAUACCGACUAGGUCCAAUGUACCAAGUGUGCCCAAAGUUCCGAAAAAUCAAGCAAUGCAACAACAGACACACCCAUCAAUACAGCCAACUACUAUGCCCUACUAUCAACAAGGUCAACCGUCACAGCCGCAAGCUUAUCCUGGCGGUAGUGGCUAUCAACAGAUGGGUGGAAUGAAUAAUAAUCAAUCAUAUUACAACUCGAUGGGCUACAAUAACAACAGCGGGCCUGGUUACCCGGGCUAUCAACAAUGGGGUAUGGGAGAUGGUCAGCAGUUCGGUAUGCAAAAUUUCAUGGGGCAACAACCACAAGGAUCACAGCAAAAUAUGGGUUACAAUAAUAUGUAUGGUCAAGGUCCACAUUAAUUUUCGCAAGCAUUUAAAUAUCGCAUAAGAAUAAAAAAAAAUUACGUCUCGUCUCUCUCGGAUAUCUAAAAAACUUGGAAAAUGAAAACUUUAUAUCCAAUACUAAUCGUAAAAUGUUUCAAAUAAAAUAAUAUUGUACACGUACGAAUUCUAUCAAAUGUAUGUACCAUCUAUACUUUAUGUCUAUUGCAAUGUGAAUUUUUUCCUAUGAAGAUAGGGAUUAAGUUUUUAAAUACUUUUCAUCUUACGCAUUGGGAUUUAAUUAAAUUAUUAGAUAAGAAAAUCUUAAUUGUAAUUGAACUUUCGGUCAAAGGGGUUUAUGCUCAAGCUCGUAAUAUUAAUAUACGCGCUUUUAUUUUUUUUGAUUUCGUAUAAAAAUAUGGGCCGCUUUGCAGCCAAAAUCUGGUUUAUUUUAUUCUUUAGGAAAAAUUCAAAUGCCUGAAUAUUAUGUAUAUGAGAAACACUGCUUUUAAAUCUAAUUGCUGGUAAAUACAGCUUCGGGGUGAAAUAUAUUAAUAAAUGCAGACUUU